CAAAUUCAUUAGUAAUGGCUGGAGUUGGUGAAAAUGCCAAUAAGCGGGAGACAAUCUGUAUUUUUGGCACUGGGGAUUUUGGAAGAUCUUUGGGCAUGAGACUGCUCAAAUCAGGCUACCCAGUGGUAUACGGUAGCCGAGACCCAAAGAACACUACCCUGCUGCCAAGUGGAGCACAAGUGUUUAGCCAUGCGGAGGCCCUGAAUACAUCCAAGAUCGUUUUCUUGGCAGUUCACAGGGAAAACUAUGAGUUUAUUUCAGCCCUGUCUGACCAGUUAGAUGGAAAGGUGCUGGUGGAUGUGAGCAACAAUCUCAAAAUGAAUCAAUAUCCUGAAUCCAAUGCGCAGUAUCUGUCCCAGUUGGUUCCCAAAGCCAAUGUGGUGAAAGGAUUCAACACAGUUUCAGCCUGGGCUCUGCAGUCGGGGAGCUUGGAUGCCAGCAGUCAGGUUUUUGUUUGUGGGGAUGACAAUCAAUCAAAACAGUUGGUAAUGGAUGUUGCCAGGAGCAUAGGCCUCACUCCUUUAGACCAGGGAUCCCUUCUGGCAGCUGGAGAACUCGAGAACUACCCUCUCCAGCUCUUUCCAAUGUGGAGACUACCCCUUUGUAUAACGGCUGGCCUCACAGUAUUCUUCUUCGUAUACUGUGUGGUGAUUGAUGUAAUUUAUCCUUAUGCAAAAGACAAUAAAGACGUUUCCUAUAAACUUGCAAUUUCAGUUCCUAACCGUAUCUUCCCGAAUGUCUCCAUAAUCCUGCUGAGCUUGGUUUAUCUGCCGGGUGUCAUUGCUGCCUUCAUUCAGCUUCACAGAGGGACAAAAUACAAGCGAUUCCCUGACUGGCUGGACAGGUGGAUGUUGUGUCGGAAGCAACUUGGGCUUGUGGCACUUGCUUAUGCCUUCCUUCAUGUACUCUAUACAUUCAUCAUCCCGACUCGAUACUCAGUUAGAUGGCGCUGGAUAAACUCUAUGAUUGAAGAGUCAAAGAAGAAUAAAACUAUGCAGAUGAGCAAAGUGCUGUCAUGGCGUCUUGACCUGUAUUUUGCAUUAGGAAUGCUGGGGUUUGCUCUUUACGUUUUGCUGGGCAUCACUUCUCUUCCAUCUGUCAGCAAUAGUGUCAACUGGAGAGAGUUCCGAUUUGUGCAGUCCAAGCUAGGCUAUGCAACACUCCUGCUGUGUACUGCGCACGCUGCAGUGUUCGGCUGGGACAGGUUUCUGCAACCAAAGUGGUAUAGAUGGGGACUUCCACAAGCAUAUAUGUUGGGCAUUGUGAUUCCAUGCACUGUACUGGUUCUGAAGCUGAUUCUCAUAACACCUUGUGUGGACAAAAUGAUCACUAGAAUCCGGCAGGGCUGGGAGAGAGUACCAAAAGAUCAAGAAGUACCAACACACGUCAACAAUUCAUCACUUGCAUGAAGUAUACUUGGAUCCAGUUUUCCCAUAAACCCAGUAAACAUUAAUCACUUGAACACAUAGCAGAGAACAAAAUGAGCAGAGAUCCAUGAUGUUAACUGUAUCACAAGCUUGAAUCGAAUUUAAUGAUUUAUCACUUGUAUUUUACAGGUAAUAACAUAUUAAGUUAAGGUGAAAAGAUUCAACUGUCACCAAAAUCUGGCAUCAUUUUGAAUAGUUUAAGCAUAAAAGAUAUAACUGAAAGAGGGUCUAUCAUCCAUCUAUCUAGCUAGAUGAUGAAGUAUGAAACCAAAGCACGAAAUAUUUUUGAGAUAACAAGGUGUAGAGCUGGAUGAACACAGCAGGCCAAGCAGCAUCAGAGGAGCAGGAAAGCUGACGUUUCGGGCCUAGACCCUCCUUCAGAAAGG